AUGCUAAUAUUGGCAAUUGGCGAUUUGCAUAUACCCGAGAGAGCCAUAGACCUCCCUCUCAAGUUCAAGAAAUUGCUUACUCCUGGCAAGAUCCAGCAGGUUUUAUGCUUGGGAAAUGUCAUAUCUUCAAUAACUACUCUAGAGUUUCUUAAGAAAAUCUCAAAGGACUUUCAGUUGGUGAAGGGUGAGUACGAUAUCGACAACUACAACACAGGCUCCAGCAGUGUGGCCAACAAUGAUCAGUUGAGAAUUGGUGUCUUGAAUGGCUUCAACAUUGUACCUCAAAACGACCCAUUGUCAUUAUUGAUUCAAGCUAGGCAAAUGGACUGUGACAUUUUGCUUUGGGGUGGAACUCACAGAGUUGAAGCCUACACUUUAGAUGGCAAGUUUUUUAUAAAUCCUGGAAGUGCAACAGGUGCUUAUUUGACAAGAGAAAUUGAAGAUGAUGACGAUUAUGAUGACGAAGAUGAAGACGAGAAUGACAAUGACGAAGAUGAUGAAAUAGAUGAAGAGAGAUAUAAAGAAACUCAAAAGAACUCAAAGGAUGGCAAAAAUUCAGCCAUAUCAAACGAUAAAAGUAAAAAAGAUAAAACCACUUUUAAAGAAUCUGAUUCAAACUCUGACAUAGAUUCUGAUUCUUCUGAGUCUGAAUUUGAAGAUGAAGAUGAGUUAAUUGAACCAAUUCCAAGUUUUUGUUUAUUAGAUGUUCAAGGCUCAGUCUGCACCCUUUAUAUCUAUACUUAUAUUGACGACGAAGUUAAAGUCGAUAAAGUUACAUAUCGUAAAGAGUAACUAGUAAUUAUAAUUUUAUCUUAAUGUCAACGUUAAUAUAGUAAAAUGAUAACAGUUGGUUUUUGUAGUUCUACUCUCUAACCCUUGAUUUUCCACUCCCAAUUCAAUGUCAAUUUCUUGUUUCCAGCUUAAUGAUCAUUUAUUUUGUUCCUGCUUAUUUUAUAUUUAUAUCAUUCUGUUCAUCUUUUAAUCUUUCUAUAGAUCCUAUAUCAAAUAAAAAUCUGUCUUUAUAAUUGUUUUCUUAU